CUAGUCAGCAGCGCUGCCGGACCCGUGAACUGCGUAAAGAGCCGGUCUUUGGCUGUAGGCUAUCUACACGAACGGAGAACUAAGAAUAAUCGUGUAACGGGACAUUUUCCGUGUUAGAAUAUAUUUUGUGAAAUCUAGACUGUGCUUCGAACGCAUUGGAAACUGAAAAUUGUGUAGCCUACGAACACGGACUGCCUCUUCAUGAGCUCCAGCUUCACUCCAUUUAUUUGGAUUCUCUUUCGCAGUUCCACGUAUUGAGAUGAUCUAUUUUUGUGAUGGCGAGAGGUCUGUUUCCACGGGCCUGGAUAAAGAAAUCAUUCUAUUUCCAGGCUCGCAUCUCCUUUGUGCGGGUGAAAUACCUUUUCCUCACCUGGCUGACAGUGUUUGUCGGGGGCUGGGUGAUCUACGUCCAGUACUCCAACUACACCGAGCUGUGCAGAGGACAUGAGUGCAAAAACACCAUAUGUGACAAAUACAGGAGAGGCAUCAUUGACGGCUCGGCCUGCAGCGGCCUUUGUGACAAAGACACCCUCUACCUGGGCAGGUGCCUCUCUACCAGCCCCAACAACCAGGUGUACACAGGUGGCUGGGGUGACCUGGACGGGGUGAUCCGCUGCCAGGUGGGGGAGGUGCUGCACUAUGAGCUGGGAGAGGAGCCGAAGCCCAGGAGAGAGGCUGCGGUCUUCGACAAACCCACCCGGGGAACGUCUGUGGAGAAGUUCCGCGAGAUGGUUUUCAAUCACCUCAAGUCAAAGCUGGGCGAGCAGGCUAGUCUGGCCAGCCUGGUGACCCAAAUCCUCAGCGUCGCUGACGGCAACAAGGACGGCCACGUCUCGCUCCCAGAGGCCCGUUCAGCCUGGGCUCUUCUCCAGUUGGAUGAGGUGCUGCUGGGGCUGCUCCUCCAGGAACGGGGCCACACCCCCCGUCUGAUGGGCUUCUGUGGAGACCUGUACAUGACCGAGAGGGUACCCUAUGGCCCCCUUUACGGUGUCAGCCUCCCCUGGCCCCUGGAGGCCUGGGUCCCCAGUGGGGCCCGACGCAGCAUGGACCAGUGGUUCACCCCCUCGUGGCCCCGCAAGGCCAAGAUCUCCAUGGGUCUCCUGGAGCUGGUAGAGGACAUCUUCCACGGCAACUAUGGCAGCUUCCUCAUGUGCGACCUGAGCACCGACCACUUCGGCUACACGGACCGCCACGACUUCCGCCUCACCGACCCGAGGGCCAUCAUCUCUGAGGACGCGUUCAGGCGAACCAUGCGCGCGCUGCACUGCGAGAAGGACGACGACUGCGUGUUGGGGGCGGACUGCCGUACGUCAUGCGAUGUCGCUCAGAGACGAUGCAGGGAGGAGGUGACCCAGCCCAACCUGGCUAAGGCCUGCGGGGCGCUGAGGGACUACCUCCUGAGGGGGGCACCGUCGGAGCUGAGGGAGGAGCUAGAGAGGCAGCUGUAUGCCUGCAUGGCCCUCAGGGGCUCAGCGGGACAGAUGGACAUGGAGCACUCCCUGAUCCUGAACAACCUCAAAGCGCUGCUGUGGAAACAGAUCUCGCAUACUAAAGACUCAUGAUGCUCAAAGAAUUAAGACUUAUUGACAAGUCUGCUACUGACACAGUGGCUUAGGAAGAAGAGGAGCCUUUGGGGAGAUGAUUUCUAAAAACUCAACCGUUCAUUCAAGAUGUACUACAUUGUUUUAUUUACCACCUGUUUUAUGCUGCAUAGAAGUUGUUUUGGCGGUGUCGGAGGUGUAACUGCAUUAGAGCUGUCAAAUCCACAAGUGGCUCCUGGCAUUAUACCUAUUUGAAAGGAAAUUACUGGUAUUCGAAAUAUGGUGGCACUCCCUUUCGUCCAUACCUUCACCAAUCCAAUGCUUUUAGAUUUAUGGGAAAAUGCUAGUUUCUAUGUUUUUUAGUAAAAAAGAUAAGAGGAAGAUAAGUGUUUCCAAUGACAUCAUCGGUGUGCAUCGUGUGAUUUUAACCAACUAUAAGUAGACAUUGCCUACUAAACCUUAGCUUCCUCUAUCUUUUUUACUACGUAGCAUAGAAACGUGCCAUUUUCACAUAUUUUGAUGUUGGGGUGGUGCUGGAGAUCAAUAUGAAGUUGUUUUUUUACAUAUCCCUUUAAGAGAAACUAAAACACAUUUUACAACUUCGAACACUGGAAUGUGAGAUGUAGUCUACACCUCGAUUAGGCUGAUAGAAAUCCUCAUUAUUUCAUUUAAUGA